AUGUGCGGGGCUCUGAUGCUCCAUGUGCCCUCAGGGCCGGCUAUGGAGCCUGCCGGGAAGGGCCUGGCGUGUGUGACAACCCUGCUGGGGUGUUGCCUGCUGCUGUGCUCUGGGGUGCUGCUUCCUCCCCUGCCAGAUCCUGACAGUCUCCCCAGGCUCUGGAAGCAAGAUGACACCCCAGUGGGCACCAACAUCCAGCCCCUGCCCUCAGCCCUGGCCCUGCAGCUCCCACCCAUCCCCUUGCGGGGCUGGAGCCUCCAAGCCCUGCUGCCCAGCAUGAGGUCCCCCUGGGAGGAAGAGGGGCAAAGCAGGAAGUCCCGCCUCUGGAACAGGCCAAGACAGGGAGUCUCACCUUGGCGGGGAGUCCCAGCACCUGGUGAGGGCGGGAAGCGGAGCAUCGUGGUGGCUGAUGACGCAGCCUUUCGGGAGAAGAGCAAGCUGCUGACGGCCAUGGAGCGACAGAAGUGGCUCAACGCCUACAUGCAGAAGCUGCUGGUGGUGAACCAGGACUAAGGGUGCAGGGAAGGGUGGGGGCAGGGCCAUGGCUGGCUGUGUGUCCUGCGCCAUGUGGGGAACCCCCAGAAUAAAGGGGCAGGAGAGUCCUGCCUUGUGAAUCAGCCUGA